AGAAGUUUGCUGACUAAGAUGGCGACGGAGGAGCAGAGCGAAGGGGAGGUGCCAGCCUACGAAUCUGGCCGGAGUGAUGCCAUCUGCAAUUUUGUUAUCUGCAAUGACUCUUCUCUUCGAAGUCAGCCCAUUAUCUUCAAUCCUGACUUUUUUGUGGAGAAACUCCGACAUGAGAAACCUGAAGUGUUCACUGAGUUGGUGGUCAGCAAUAUCACAAGGCUCAUUGAUCUACCUGGAACUGAACUGGCUCAGCUGAUGGGAGAAGUGGACCUUAAGUUGCCUGGUGGGGCUGGCCCCGCAUCAGGAUUCUUCCGGUCGCUAAUGUCUCUCAAGCGAAAAGAAAAAGGAGUAGUAUUUGGAUCCCCACUGACAGAGGAAGGCAUUGCCCAGAUAUACCAGCUGAUUGAAUAUCUACACAAAAACUUGCGAGUAGAGGGUUUGUUCAGAGUACCAGGGAAUAGUGUCCGACAGCAGAUUUUAAGGGAUGCUCUCAAUAAUGGAAUGGAUAUCGACUUGGAAUCAGGGGAGUUUCACUCAAAUGAUGUUGCCACAUUGCUGAAGAUGUUUCUAGGAGAGUUACCUGAGCCCCUGCUAACACAUAAACAUUUCCAUGUACACCUCAAAAUUGCUGAUUUGAUGCAGUUUGAUGAUAAAGGAAACAAGACCAAUGUACCAGAUAAGCAGCGGCAAAUUGAGGCUCUUCAGUUGCUCUUCCUCAUUCUCCCUCCACCUAAUCGUAACUUGCUGAAGUUAUUGCUUGAUCUCCUGUACCAGACAGCAAAGAAACAAGACAAGAAUAAGAUGUCUGCCUAUAACCUUGCCCUUAUGUUUGCACCCCAUGUCUUGUGGCCAAAAAAUGUCACUGCAAAUGACCUUCAAGAGAAUAUCACAAAGUUAAACAAUGGGAUGGCUUUUAUGAUUAAACACUCCCAGAAACUUUUUAAGGCUCCUGCUUACAUUCGGGAAUGUGCCAGAUUGCACUAUGUGGGUUCCAGAACUCAAGCAUCAAAGGAUGAUCUUGAUCUGGCAGCUUCAUGUCAUACCAGGUCCUUCCAACUGGCAAGAUCUCAGAAAUGGAGCCGGGUAGAUUCCUGCUCUCAUCAGGAGGAGACCCAGCAGCGCACGGAAGAGGCUUUAAGAGAGUUGUUCCAACACGUUCACAAUAUGCCAGAUUCAGCAAAGAAGAAACAGCUUAUCAGACAGUUUAAUAAGCAUUCUGAGACUCAAACACCAGGACGAGAACCUUCUACUCCCCGGGUGCAGAAGAGGACCCGUUCACGGUCCUUCAGUGGCCUUAUUAAGCGGAAGGUCCUGGGAAAUCAGAUGAUGUCAGAAAAGAAAAGCCAGUACUCUACUCCGGAAUCUUUAGCCAUUGGUGAAUUGAAGAGAGCCAGCAAAGAAAAUGUGAACUUAUUAUUUUCUGGUUCUCCUGUCACGAUGACACCAACAAGAUUGAAAUGUUCUGAGGGGAAGAAGGAGGGGAAAAAAGCGUAGGGUUCCUCUGAAGGAUCCAGAGUUCUCCUGUUGUCCACCCAGUUUUCUCUGUCGUGGGCCAGGCGUCAUCACCGCUCAUAGAGAGGCCUGGACGUGCGGCUUGCUUGCUGCGCGUCGAACUGUGAAUGCCGGCUAACCCUGUGACCUGACUGACACCUCUACCCGCUCAGUGGGUGAUGUCUGCACACUCUGACUGCUGAACCAGUGCUAGUGCUGCUCUUUCUCUCCCAUUUAAACAAAAUGUUAUGGGGAUACCACUAACCAGCCAAACCAGCUUACCCAGCACAGUAAAUGAGUAGAACCAGGCAGACUCCAGUGCUUAUUCUAUGUAUUUGUUUAGGCAGAUUCUGUUUUUUUAAAAAUUUGAAAUUUGUGCUCAACUGCCAGUGAUUUAAAAAAAAGAAGUACGGUCAUUCCUAGUGGAUUGAUGUUAUUUUUAACUGAUAUUUUGGACUUUUCUCUGUAUUGAUAGUGUUGGGGGAUCUUUUGGUUAUUGCUUCUUGUUUAUUUGUUUUUUGUUUAUUUUUUUAAAAGCCAUUUUUUGGAUAGAUAAUCUUAAAUGGGCUCUAAGCCAAAUGUCUUUACCCUCUUUUUCAUGUUAAGUUUGGAGAAAGCUCUUUAUCUUAUGAGGCUAUGUUCCUUAAUACCUGUUUGUGUCCAAAGAAUUUAUAUUUUUCCUGGAAAAUUUUUAUUAUUUCUUGGGCCUGAGAUUGUGGGGUAUUUGGCCUAUAGUGUUGAAAAAAGAGAAUUUAGAAGGAUACAUUAUUUUAACAAAUAAUAUUAAACUGUGUCCCUUCUUCCCUCUCCUUGUCCUCUUUCCCUCCCCCUCUUGCCUUUUCCUCAUGUCAAAAUAGUUGUGUGGUUGCUGAACUCAUUUCCUUCAUUCAGUUUGCUCUUGCCUAAAACAUCUCUGGUGCCAGUGUGAUGCCAACACUUCACCAAAUCACUGUGACUCAAGGAGCGUCAUCAACAGCUUAAUAGAGCUUUGCUGAAAUUCCUGUAUGUAGUGGAAGUUCUGUAGUGGGACUAGGAUGGGGUUGGCUUUGUGUGCAAGAUGAUUCCUUUCGGGUGGGAUUAUAUUGCAUCCUUCUAAGGAAUCAGGUUUGCAAGCUGGACUGUCUCCUGAGAGCAAGCUGGAAUCAGAGAAGGAAGUGAGCAUCAGUCACUGCAGGGCUGAGAGAUUUAAAGGAGAGAACAUUCUCAUUUGGAAGCAGUUGUGGCUUAUCACAACGUUCAAGGGGGGUUGCUGCACGCCCUUCUCCCUGUCACAGUGGGCACAGGGAGUAAUUUGGGGAUGGCCUGGAGCUUUGACUGGGUUGGGGAUGUUCACAUGUGUUUGAGGUGAGCAAUGUCAUGGCUUUGAUCUAGUGUGAGAACUCACUGCCCAGAGAGAGCAGGGCAGGUGAGAAUGUUCGGUUUGUGCCUGCUCUGUUAGGUGUGUAACCGUUCUCACCCUGUGUGCCAGGGUUGAGUCAGGCCUCAGUGGGGAGACAGUUGCCCAGCAAACUAUGACUGGCUGACCUAUUUUUAAACUGUUGAAGUGCUGUGUUAUUGCUGAAAUAAAAGAUGAUGCUGGGGAGCACA